UAAUUACAAGAGUAACAUCAUCUAUUAUAGGAUUUAUGAUACCAGCUAUUUUAGCAGAGAUGAUUGUCUUAAGCCGAAUAUCCAAACUUGAUGGGUCAGGUACAAAUAUUAGCAAAUUAAUGGAAGCAUCUAUGUCACGUAGUUUAUAUUGUACUAUAACGACUUAUUUUAGUACUGGUAAAACUCCAUCAGCAGCUGAUUUGUAUCUUCAUAUAACUGCUAUUGGAAAUUCUCAACAAUUACCUGGAUUAACUAUCCCAAGUACUAGAGUAUUAGACAUAGCAACCAAUUGUACUGAAAUAAAUAAUGAAAAUAAUUGUGUAAAAAGAAAACGUGAAAUAAAGAAUAAUGAGAAAGUAUUAAAAGUAUAUCUAAAUGCAAGUGAUUCUUUAGUAACUUGGCAAAGUGAUGAUAGAAUUUACCUUAUACAAUCUCCACCUUUAGAGAAAACCUAUUCAUAUUUCGGAUCUGGUGUAUUUUUACAACCUUCAUAUAUACCCAUAAGUAGCAUAUGUAAUUUAAAGGCCAGAUAUGGUGCUAUGACAAAUUAUAGUUGUCCUAAAGAAUUCUGGUAUGCUUCAGGGAAUACCAUAACGCAAUCAUUCAAUGUAAAUAUUACUGAAGGAAUGCAUGGUCCUGGACCUCUACAUGCAAUUGUCACUAUACGUUAUGCUAAAGAGCUCUCAACUAAUUAUGAUUCUGAAUUCGUAGCAGAAGUACAUGUAUUAAAAGCAUUCUCACUAAGUAACUUGACAAAUUCACAAUUCUUUACACUUGAUCAAGCAUCAACAUCAUAUAAAAUGGUUAGUACAUUACUCGCUAAUGCAUUUACACAAAAGUGGGCUCAAGCAACUAUUGCUUCAUUUAGUGGUAUAGAUCUAACCAUUGUCUCACUUGCAGCUAUCUUAAUUUAUGCUACUGUUAUUAUAUUACCAUUAAUAAUCUUCUCUUGUAGACUGCUUUAUCAAGCUAUAAUUAAAGAACAUUAUGCUGAUGAUGAUUGUUUGAAAAAUUUGGCAAUGCAGGAAAGAAUAAUUGAAAAUAUUGAGUGUAAUAUUAAGACAGAUGAAGGGCAUAUUGAAUUA